AACUAUUUCCAUCGCUAACUAUUGCACAAAGACAGAAUAGAUUGCAUUACACUGGCAAUAUGCAGUACUUCUGCUUCUUUUGCUCAUUUUACACCUCUUCUUCUUCUUCUUCUUCUUCUUCUUUUCCUUUUUGUCAGAUUUUCUUCUUUUUGCAGUUUCAUGACUGAAGUGUACAAACUCAAGCAAAACAGGGUUGAGAAUACAGCUAGCCCAAGGCAUUCACAAUUAAUUAAUUAUCAGUCUCGAUGGAUCAUAUUGAACCUCCAUUUCGAGAAACCUACAAGACCCUUUUACAUAAAUCUGAUGGUGAAGAAGAUGAAGACGAAAAUAUUCUCAUGGUUGAGGAAUGCGAUCUACCCUUGAUUGAUCUGAGUCAAUUAAAUGUAGAGAGAGACAAGUGCAUCAAACAGAUUGCUCAGGCUGCAAGGGAAUGGGGUUUCUUUCAAGUUGUGAAUCAUGGGGUUUCUCAAGAGGUUCUUCACAUCUUGCAAGAUGAGCAGAAGAAGGUGUUCCAUCUGCCUUUUCAAAAGAAGAUUGAAGAUAACUUUUUGAAUUUAUCAGCCAACAGUUACCGCUGGGGGAACUCGAAGGCUACUUAUCUAAGGCAGGUCCCAUGGUCAGAAGCCUUACAUUUAUCUCUCACAGAUAUUUCAAGAAUGGAUGAAUGCAAGCGUCUCAGAUCGACCAUUGAAGCAUUUGUGACAGUAGCUGCCUCUCUGGCUAAAAGCUUAGCGGAAAUUCUAUCCCAGAUUUUAGACAUCAAAUCUACUUAUUUCCAAGAGAACUGCCCGCCAAACACCAGCUAUCUCCGAAUGAACAGAUAUCCUCCCUGUCCAUUUCCCUCCAAGGCCUUUGGCUUCAUGCCUCACACCGAUAGCAGUUUCCUUACACUUUUGUAUCAAGACCAGGUCGGAGGAUUGCAAUUGAUGAAAGAUGGAAAAUGGUUUCAUGUUAAGCCUAAUCCACAUGCUUUAGUUAUCAAUAUUGGUGACUUAUUUCAGGCAUUUAGCAAUAAUGGCUUCAAGAGCAUCAAACACCGGGUGGUUUCCACUCAAGAAGUUGAAAGGUUUUCUGUCGCAUAUUUCUACUGCCCCUCCAAUGACGCGGUGAUAGAGAGCAGCUGUAACAAGCCCUCUCUGGCUCCGGUGCCGGCGGCUGUGUACAAACAGUUCAGUUUCAGAGAGUAUCAACAGCAAGUCCGAAAGGAUGUUGAGGCUACCGGAGACAAAGUAGGGCUCUCAAGGUUUCUCUUGUGAAGGAUGAUACUUUGAAGCAAAUACAUAUGCAUGUAUAUAUAUUUACUAGUACUAAGUCAUCCAUCUAUAUAUGCCAUCACCAUGAAGCUAGUCGGUCGAAAAAUAUAGAGUUGUUUGAAAAA